AGCAUUAAAAUGAAUCCUACUGUUUUAAGGAUUAAAUGUUAAAACGGCUUGCCAUAUGAGAGUGUGUGUAUGUGUGUGUUUGUGUUCUGAAUGGCUCCUCAACCGGUCAGAGUCAGCAGCGUCUCUGUGCACAGAGGUGACUAUGCCCCGUGUGUGUUUGAGGCAGAGGACGCGUCUCUCUGCUCUAUUCUUUCACACCUUGACCUGGGCCUAUUCAGCAUCCAUUGACCCCGCCCCCAAAAUUGACGGACAGCAGACCUCGUCUGUCACCGUGCAGGAGAACAUCACUCAUAACUUCAACUGCCAAUCAGAGGGCUGGGACGCUCAAGCCCCGCCCCUGCUGACCUGGUACCUGAAUGGCGAGCGGCAGAGCGAGGUGACGGGCAGUCGGGGGGCGGGGCGUCUGGUUACGACGUCAGCGCAGAAUUCCGGAACGCUUAAAUACGGAUCGGUGCGCAACAGCACGUUCACACUGAAACCGAAGCGCUGGGAUCGAGAGCUGGUUUGUGCGGCGCGAAACCCCGCGGGAGGAGAGAGUUACAACGCCAGCGUCACGCUCAACGUCCAGUUUCAGCCGGAGAUUCUGCGUGUGGACGCUCACUACAGCGAGAGCUCGGACCCGGGCCUCGCCCUCAUUCUCUUCGCUUUGGUUCGCUCCAACCCCCCCGCCACCAUCAGCUGGGUGGAUCAGUCCGGUCAGCUGGUGGCCAACAGCUCCGACUUCCUCAUCCUGGACUCGCGCAGCUUCCCCUGGCUGGCCAAUCACAGCCUGCAGGUGACGCUCAGCAGCCUAUCAGGAAACAUCACUUUGAACGCCAACAACAGCCUCGGCUCCGCCCACAGCAACCUCACGCUCACAGAAUUCCUGCAGUCGCGUGUGGAGGUGCCGGUGUUCGGGAUCGUGACGGGCGGCGUGGCCGGCUUCAUCACCCUCCUCAUCUUCACCCUGAUGGUGUUCUUCCUCCUUCAGAAGGACAAAACCAAAGCCAUCGAGGAUCCGGCUGCAGUGCAUCUCUCCUGCAAACGCAGUGACGCGGCGAAGGUGCAGGUGAACGGCGUGUAUCUGCCGCGGGAGAACAUGUCUCUGCCGUCACACGUGCAGCUGAACGACGACCGCGCGCUCUGUAAGGGACAGCAGAGCUCCAGACCAAACACGCUGGAGAGGAGACGCGCCGAGGACGACGAGGAGGACCUGUCUGCGGCCUACGCCGCCAGAGGUUUCGCUCGUUAUCCGAUGGUCGGCUACAUCUAUAAAGUCAGCAGCACCAGCAGUGAUGAGAUCUGGCUCUGAUUCACAUGAACAAACCCACAGCUGACCUCUGACCUCUGACCUCACAUCCUGCUGCAGGCAGAUCAACCUGAGACCCGUCAGCUGAACGAGACAGAACGUGAUUUGACCAGAAACGCUUUCCUCUUAUAGAUAUAAUCACACCGUUUGACUGCGGCUCAUCAGAUCAGACAGGAAACUGGCGUGAGUGACCGAUGACUCUCUCUGACACACACUGAGCUUCAUAUCUGAGACUGAGAGCGUCCUGUUGAAGAACUACAUUACCCAUAAUCCACUGAUCCCAGACAUCACUGUUACUAUGGAAACAGCAAUCAGAGGCUUGUUUUCCUAGUGACUAGUGACUGACAUUAGUUCGGUGUAGCAGUGGUGAUGAUGAUUCCUGAAAUAUUACAGAAAUCAGAGAAAAACACUUAAAAUCACAGACUGAUUCAGUGAUUCAUGGGAUUUGUAGUUCAUUCACAAGUACCUGAUCAUCUUUAUUUGUGAUGUUCAAUGUGUUUCUGCAUCAGAUGACCAGCGAUCGUGUUCUCAGAGUUAGUUAUGAACAAACCUUCUUCCAGUUUCCUGGUCUUUAAAGGAGAAGUUCACUUCCAGAACAGCAAUUUACAGAUAAUUUACUCACCCCCUUG